AUGCUACCUACCAUAUCAGAAACUAUCGGAGGAAUACUUAUCGCCAUGAUGACAAUUGGCACUGCAUACGAAGCCAUCCUGGAGCGAAGAGCCAAGAAAUUCCGGAAGCAUAAGGGCAACAAUAAUGAAGGAAAAGUUGUGAUGAAGAAGGAUGAGAUGUCUAAGUCCGAUGAAGAGAUGAUGCAGUCAAUGGACCCCUGUCACAGUAUGGGAAGAAUGGGUGAGAUGUUCCUCAGCUUCUCAAUCCUAACCAACGGAAGGAAGAUUUUGGACUGUGGAGCUCCACCCAAGGAUUCUCUCACAUGCGUACAUGGCCUAAGGUUCCUAAGUUUGGCUUGGGUCAUCAUGGUUCACACUUAUUUGCAAAUUUUUGCAAUUGCAGAAAACAAAAAUUUGAGAACUUUGACUGAAGAAAAUUUCAUGUUCCAAACAGUUGCGAACGCUACCUUCUCUGUGGAUUCAUUUUUCUUCAUAAGUGGUUUGCUUGUCGCCUACCUGUUCUUCAAAAGCUCAGCCAAACCCGAAGGCGAAGCGGCCCUCAGAACUCCACGGGCACUCAAACCCCUGUCUAUCGAGUUCAGGGAUAUCAUGGUCAAGUUCUUCACCUUCCUGGGAUACAGAUUUAUCAGACUGACCCCAGCUUACAUGUUCGUCCUGGGCUGCGCUGGCCUGGCCAUGAAGUGGCUCAAGAACAACUCCGUCUUCGAACCGAUCAGCUUGGACAACGUCAACUGCGACAAAUAUUGGUGGAGGAAUAUGCUUUACAUCAACAGCCUCUAUCCGAGAAGUGAAAUGUGCAUGCUCUGGAGUUGGUAUUUAGCGAACGACACCCAGUUUUACGUGUUAGGAACAUUGUUAUUGCUGUUGUCAUCAAGGAUAGCUGCAUCUUCUUUGGUGAUGAUUUUGAUAAGUUCUUGCGUCACUUGUGCCGUGAUAUCAUUCCACUAUGAACACGUUGUCAGCGUGAAGGAACCAUUCAUCUUAUUCGAUCAGCUGUACGACAAACCAUGGACCAGGAUAGGACCUUACAUCGCAGGACUGUUUACCGGAUGGUUUCUUCACAAGACGAAGUGUUCUAUUAGGAUGUCAAAGUGUGUCGCCCUGGUAGGAUGGUCGCUGUCUCUCCUGGUGUUGGGAGCUCUUGUGUACGGCGUCCUGGAUGCCAAUUUGGGAGUCACCGGUUCUGCCCUCUAUGUAUCCUUAGGGCAUACGGCCUGGGGGUUCAGUCUGGCUUGGAUAGUAAUUGCCUGCUGCUGUGGAUACGGAGGUAAGAUGCAUCAACUCCUUGCUGUCCUGCAGACUGUUGCAACCCCUAAGCAGGCUCACCUACUGUGCCUACCUCAUACAUCCUGUUGUUAUGGUGAUGACCAGCUUUCAGAUGGAGGGUCCUCUACAUCUCCAUAAUCUUCUAGUUUUUAUCCUGUACUUCGGCAACAUUGUAGCUUCUUUUCUCAUCUCCUUUUUCUUGUCACUGAUGCUUGAAGCACCCGUAGUGAGGUUACUCAAGGUAUUAUUAACACCAAUGAUGAAAACAUCAAGCUCAGAAUAACAUCAAAAGUUACCAUCACUCUUAAGUUAUAAAUAUGUAUAUAGCAUUUGUAAAUUUAGUGCGAUUUUUGAAUGUUGUGGAUGUGCGUUAAGUAUGACUGUUUUUUUAAGGAUAUAAUAAUGUAAUUUAGGAACAAACUUGCAUAGACUGCAUUAUUGAAAUUAAGGUUGCAAUUUGUGACUAAUUUGAAGAUGUUUUUUAGAAAGAUAAAGCGAGAAAAGUAUUUCCUGUGAAUAAAAAUAUUGAAACAAACCUGUUUCUCUUACAUAUUUGUAAUUUUUUUUUAUGAUGUAAUGUUUGGUGACAUAAUUAACAAUGAUGCAGAAUAAGGACACUUUUUUAGGUUCUGGUUAUCAAAUAAUCAUUUUUUAUUAUGAUAAAUUCUGUUUUAAUCGACAUAAUACUUCAAAUCCAGUUAUCUAUAGAAUUGCUGUCGUAAACAUUUAAAACAAAUUUAAAUUUAUUUUCAAAUAUAAAAGAUAUAUUGCUCAUUGUAAUAAUUAAAGAUCAAAUUGUUAAUAAGUAAUUUCCUUAUAAUAAUUUAAUAAUCCUGUUUAUUAAUAAAUAUUUAUUUUUCAUAUUUAUUAAUAAGUUACAUUAAUUUUAAGUUGUGCUCAUAUGUAAUUAUUACAUAUCAUAUGAUUGUGUUUAGAUAAAUGAAUCAAAUUUCAAGAGAAAAUUUGACAUAGAUUUAAUAUUAUGAUUGGCAUAAUAAAAAUUGGAUUAAGAAUAAAAAUUAUGGACAUUGCUCAUUGAGAUAAACAAUAAAUGAAUCAUGAGCAAUUGAAGUAUCAACUUUUGAGUUCAUGAUUCAGUUAUAAAUUAGACUCAAUGAAAAGCCGUUUUUGAGUUUAGGUAAACGAAAGAAUUAUUAUAAAUUGUAUUGUUUUUUAUGAUUAAAAUUUGUUACGAAAUAAAUCUUCGACAAUAUGUUUAUGUAUCAACACCCCUUCUCUCUGUAUCCUUAAGGUGAGUUGUGAUCAAAUGUCAAAUACUUUCGUUCACAAUUUUGGACCGAAUUCAACUAUUUAACAAUCCCUGUCAUUACUGAAAAUUUUGGUGAUAUUAAUGUCAAAUAAAUGAAGUCAAUGUAGAGAUGUCACCUUUUCACACCUAUAUAAGUCAGGAAACGUGAAAUUCUUGAACGUGAAUACUGGGUGAGAUUUGUUGCAAUGAAAAUGGCGUUUAAUUACUGAACGUGAUGCCAACAGUACAAUAUUUGAAUAACAACCGUUGAGACAUUACUAUGAAUUGUGCUUAUAUCAAAACACGUCAUAAUUACCAGAGAACAAUACAUCAAAGGGACGUUGUAGCGGAGGUGCGAUAUUUUCAUCAAGUGAUGUCCACUAAGAGGUCUCGUUCUGCUGGCUCCACCCCUCGUAACUCAUCACCUAAACAAAAAACUCGUCGCAGUAAGCGAUCGACACCCCCUGGAACUCCUCCAGCGAAAAUUCAAGAUUCCACACCACAACCGCAAGCAGGUUUUGAAAAGCAGUAAUGAGAUUGAAGGAGAAAUUCGAAAGGUGUCUCCUCCGGACCCUAAAUUUGGAGGGUAAGACAUUAACGACUUGGGACGUAAACAAAGCUAACUUUACUGGCCCUUCCUAGGAGCCCUAUAUCUCCGCCCAGCACGCCUUCCAAAUACCCAGCGAGGAUUUUCCUGACGGGCUUAAAUAUAAAUCCUCAGCCGAUACCGUCUGCAUUAAUUCCUUCCAUUUUCUCCAGCUCCGAAUUUAUUAAGAUUCUAAAUAACCUUAAGUCCUUGGAUAAUUUGUAUUCAUUUAUCAAGGACCAGUUUCUCGUCAAUGACGUCUUGUUGCUUCGCCUUUAUAACAAUUUUCCAGGGCAUGAAAUCGAUAAUUAUUUUUUUCACAAAAUAAUGUAAUAAAUAUUAUAUUUAAAAUUAAAUAUCAUAUAUUAAGUACAAUUAAAGGAAGCUUAUGAUGAGGCAGGUCUCAGGAUUAACUUCCAAAAGACUGAAUAUAUGGCACUGGGAGAUGAGGAAGACGACCUACGCAUAGGUGAACAGGUAUGUAGAAAAGUAAAGGCAUUUAAAUACCUCGGGUCCUAUCUAGACGAUGUUGGAACGUCCGAAGUGGAUGUCCGAAACAAGGUAGAGAUGGCAAGAAAAGCUACUAGAAUGCUGCAUCCUGUUCUCUGGAACGAUACUAUUUCAAACGCGAACAAGCGGCAUAUCUUCACGGCUAUUGUUGAGUCCAUAUUAACCUACGGAUGUGAGGCAUGGUCGAUGAAUGCUGGCUUGUAUGCCAAAAUUCGGACUGUAGAAAUGGAUUUCUGGAGAAGGUGUCUACAGUUAACGAGGCUGGACAGAGUCCGAAAUGAAGUGGUGAGACAGAGAAUAGGUGUAGAGGAGACCGUCUCUGAGAGGAUCGGGAAACGGCGAUUGAAGUGGUAUGGACACUGCAGGAGAAUGUCGGAAGAACAUUGGCCGAACAGAGUCCUUGACUGGCAGCCACCCGGAAAGCGUAGGCGAGGACGACCGAGAACCACGUACAUGGAAGGAGUCCGAGAAGAGAUGGCCGGCCGAGGUCUACAGGAGGGUGACUGGGAGGAUAGAGAUGUGUGGAGCUCUACUCUGACCUGAAGAGGUAUCCCACGUUGGAACACCGGAUGAAAAAAAAAAGAAAGAAAAAGUUUAAAAUCAUGCCUGAUUUAUAAAUACAAAUUUAAAUCGAUAUUUGAUGUUAUCGAUUCGAUUCAAAGUAAUAUUCACUCACUGAGCGAUACAGAUUUUGAAUUGAAAAAAAAAAUUGAUCAGAAAAUAAAAAUCACAUUUUUAUUUAAACACAAAUUACAUUAAAUAUUAGUAUGUAAAUCUACAUGAUAAAUGUAUACAUUUUUAAUAUUAUAUUUCUAAAAUAGCUUUAAUUAAAAACUAAUUAAUAGCUAUUAAUAGCUUUUAUAUAUAUGUAUAUGUGUAUAUAUAUAUAUAUAUAUAUAUAUAUAUAUAUAUAUAUAUAUAUAUAUAUAUAUAUUACAAAUGUAUGUUAAAUUACAUUUUAAAAAACUAUGACUCAAGAAUUAUUAUUAUUCUUAAUUGUUAAAAUUUUGUUAAAAAAUAAUGAUCAGAGUAUAAUUUGUAGCAUUCAUGAUCAAAAAUAAAAACCACUCCUAAUAAAAAUCAUCAUAUAAUUUUUUAAAUUGUAGUCAGAUUUUAAUUUAAUUUAAUUUAUAUAUAUAUAUAUAUAUAUAUAUAUAUGGUUGCUUGGAUCCUUGAUGAAUCUUGAACGUAAUAGGUUUGUUCCAAAAUGAAUUCUGACUCUGUUUCAAGCACAUGCGCCGUACAGAUGUCUCGUUCCAAAUCCAUUUAUGUGCAUGGUCUUGAAACCGAAAAAUUAUACUCCUUUCGAGGAUGGUAGUUUUCUGAUAGUCAUACCUCGUUGGAACAAAUAUAUCAAUUAAAUUUCGAGGAUGAGGGUGGACAACGCCCUGUCUCUCCCAUAACCUUUUCAAUCUUCUGAUGUAUUCGAGAAUUCAUACUCUUGAAAAGUUUCUCAUAGGGGUAAGUUUAUCAGUGUAAUGAGUUAUUAAAUUAUUCUCCGAUUUCACAUAUUAUUAAAAUGUGUAUCAUGUGAAACUGAUGUAUUAAGUUCAAUUUUUAAAAUAUCGUCGUCAAGCAAAUUUAAGACCGUUUCCAGCACAAAGCAGGAGGUUUUGGC